CGGAGCAAGCGGCGCCUGUCAGACGGGUGUGGGCCAGGAGCGGAGAGCUCCCUGAAGAUGUCUGGCUCAUAUUGCUCCAAACUGUCUGGACAUUUGCUGUUUAACUGCUGAAGCUUUCCUACCAUUUGUUUUUCUCCUGAAGCCUUAAUCUGUUGAGGGCUCAGAUUUAGCUGCUAUGGAAUCAAGACCAACUAAAACAUGAGAAGAUGUAUUCAAGAUGAUCCAGCCAGAAGAUUUUUCACUUCAUAUUAAACAAAAAUAAGAUCUCUGUGUAAUGUAAUUUGACAAAGCCAAGUUCAAUUACUUAUCUUGAAAUUAAGACACACCUGUGGCCUUCAUCAGAAAUGUUUCUAACGCUUUCAAGAAAAAAUAUGUCCCAGAAACUAAGUAUGUUUUUACUAGUUUUUGGAAUCAUAUGGGGUUUGAUGUUGCUACGCUACACUUUUCAGUAUCCAAGACGCCAAAGCAGUGCCGAGUUGCGUGGACAGAUAUUAGAUCUAAGUAAACGAUAUGUCAAAGCACUGGCAGAAGAAAAUAAAAAUUUAAUGAAUGGUGGCGGUGGAGCCUCUAUGGCAGGAUAUGCUGAUCUUAAGAGGACGAUUGCUGUUCUUCUGGAUGACAUCUUACAACGCCUCGUGAAAUUGGAAAACAAAGUUGAUUACAUCGUUGUGAAUGGCUCAGCAACAAAUACCACUAAUGGAACUAGCAAUCAGGUGCCAGUAACUUCAAAUAAACGUGUAAAACCAGCGAGCAACAUUAGAUAGCAAACAGGGCCACUUUGUGUUGCAACAUCUAUGAUAAGUAAUAUUUAAGAUAAGCUUUUUAUCUCUAGCUAGGGCAAAGCAGUAGUUGAUUCCAAAAGAAGCAUAAACUAUUCUGUUAUACAAUGUGCUGGAUCUACGUAGGCCUAACUUAUGUGCAUAGGUUCUCAAAGCAUUAUUUCAUUGCCUUUGAGCAGUACUUCUGAAGUGAUCUUUGUUGUCUUUAAAGAUAUUUUGAUAUCAUGAUUUGAUGUAGUAUGCUAUUGGAUAAUAACAAUAAAUGGAAAGCAAUGGGGAACUUAUAGGUAGGUUUCUAAAUAUAUUUAUUUAAGUAUAAAUAUAACAUAUCUUUUGGAUAGGUGAGCGGUAUUGUAGCUUAUUAAUUUUUUGUGAUCUGCGUUAAGCCGAGGUAACUGAAGAAAACGCAUUGUUAAACAGAUGUUAGAAAAUGUGUAUACUUAUAAUAUUUUGUUAGUCAUUUACUAAAACAAUAUUAAAUUGAGGAUAGCAUUGGCAGUAAUAUUUUAAAAUUGUGACCCAAAGAAUGUCUUUAUUUGCACUAUCUGUCAGAAUAGCUAGAGUGAAUUCACUGUAUAUUUAAGAAAAUUAAUUAUAAUAGGAAAACAUCCUAGGUAGUAACACUGUCCAGGUAUAUCAUUACACCAGAGUUAGGGCAGUUAGAUUAUCAAAAGCAAAUCAUCAUCUGUGAUAUCUUAGAUGAUUAUUUCUUACAAAGAUAUUUAAGUGUAUGUAUUUUGUAAUUGCAGAUAAAAUUAUUUAAGUGAUGGAAAUAAGUUUUGGAUAUGUGAAUACUGUUUAUUUUUAUUCAUUGCUGUUUCUUUUUAACUUUUUAGUACCUUGCAAUUUGUGAUGAGUAUAGCACACCAUCUCCCUGAAUUGCUUUUUUUGAUCAGGAGGAAAAGCAAUGAAGGGAAACAAGGCAUCUCUGCAUUUAACAGAGAUAUAUGUACUAAGGGUGUCUUAUAACAGAAUAUUUGAGAGCUAAGGUAAUGUUUGCCUUAUGUAUAAGUUAGCCUUACACUAAAGUGAACUGCAGUGUGAAUGCACUGUAUUUCAAAAUGUUACUGAAGUCAUAUUAAAGAGAAAGUGCCACUGAGCCUGUUUUUUAAAAUGUACUGAAUG